AUGAGCCUAAAUUGUGAUGACCCAGUUCCUGAAGACAAUUGUAAUGACUGGAACAUAUGGAAAGACUGUAUCCAGCCUCUUGAAGGAUUUAGAAUACCGCGAUGCUUCAAGCCCAAAAAAUUUGGUAAGAUUGUUCAUUCCUCGAUCCACUACUUUUCUGAUGCAUCAGAGUUUGCAUAUGGCCAAGCUACGUACCUAAGAAUAGUAAAUGAAAGUGGCAGAGUACAUGUUUGCUUGGUUAUGGGUAAGGCAAGAGUCGCUCCUUUGAAAUUCGUAUCUAUGCCUCGAUUAGAAUUAACAGCAGCUACUUUGUCUGUUAAGAUAGCUUCUUUGUUGAGACAAGAAUUGCGACUACUAUAUAUUAAUGAAUAUUUUUGGACUGAUAGUCAAGUCGUCUUAGGAUAUCUAAAGAAUCAAACGAAAAGAUUCAAAGUUUUUGUGGCUAAUAGGAUCGAGAUUAUCAGAAGCAACAGCAAAAUCGACGACUGGAAUUAUGUACCGUCGAACGAAAAUCCGGCCGACAUAGCGUCAAGAGGAUCAGAUGCUUCCAAAGACAAACAAGUUAAAAUGUGGUUUAGAGGACCAGAGUUCUUGUGGAAUGAUCAGUCUAGUUGGAAACUAUCCAAACACGCCGCAGAAGUAGACGAAAACGACCCGGAGGUUAAGAGAGUGAAAGUAAACGCUUGCCUAGUCACAAAUGAUCCGAUGAGCACGCUUGAAGAACGCAUAGUUAUGGGAUUUGGAUCGUGA